CAUCACCGGGGCACCAGAGGAGAGCUUUAAUGUGUUGUGAUGAAUUCUCAACGGCUCAAUCUGUCUUUAUUCACUUCAAGGUGGAGAGAUGUUCGCACACAGACGGCGAGGGCUGUGGUAUUAACCGUCGGGAGAGAAAGAUGCCGAAGAUGAAACAGUAGAGUAGAGCUAGUUUCGGGGCCUCUGCAGAUUUCCUGUGGCAGCGGUUGGAUGCGCACGUUGACUCGGUCACGAUGACAAUGAAAGGCCUGUCCAGCAGCCGCAGCCACCACCACACGGUGACCUGCGACCCCUCGUACGACUCCAUGACUUUGGGACACUCGGAUCACCGGUCCUACUUUCUCGGCCCGGGGGAGGCCCACUCGUCCGACCACCCCUGCUACGCACAGCGGAACUCCUUCCAGUCCGAGUGCAGUGCCUACCCCGACCUGGCCAGCUGCACCUUCCCUCGCAGACAUUACAGCUCCCACCAUGAGCUGAAGGAGGAGUGCGGUGCUUUGGUGCCUUACACAGGGCCGGCCGGGGGCAGUAAAGGAGGCGGAGGCAGCAACAACAACCGCAUCCCCUCCAACUUGCUGGAGCAGUUUGAGAGCCAGGGCCCGGUGCGUCGCGAAGGCUACCACACGCUGCAGUACAAACGCACCGCGGUGGAGCACCAGCGCAGCGACAGCCCGGGCCGGAUCCGCCACCUCGUCCACUCCGUCCAGAAGCUUUUCACCAAGUCCCACUCCCUGGAGGGACCGUCGGGUGCCGGCGGAGGAGGCACCGGGAGGAUGAACGGCAGCAAGUCCAGCCCGGACGACCCUCCCUCGUCCUCCGGCACCCUGAAGCACAGCAAGCGCAGCAAGAGCAAAGACCGCUCAAAGUCGGAGCCCAAGAUGCGCACCGCCAUCUCGGGCUACUGGAGCUCGGACGACACUCUGGACCGCGAGGUGUGCCUCUACCACCACCACCACGGGGGUGGCGGCGGAGGACUGCCCUCCGGGGUCAUGACGAUGGGGCGCCACCCGGACAAAUCUCAGUCGCAGUACUUCAUGGAGUCCUACAACACCAUCAGCGCCCAGUCCCUGAAGACGUCCCGCAGCAACAACGACGUGAAGUGCUCCACGUGCUCGGGGGGCAGCAGCGGAGCGCUGCCCCUGAUGGGCGCGCUCGAUAGCCAGGUUCAGCUGAAGAAGAGCUCGUGGUCUUCUACUCUGACGGUGAGCAGAGCAAGGGAGGUCUACCAGAAGGCCUCGGUCAACCUAGAUAAAGCUCUAGUGAAAGCCGAGCAGGGGCGCACUUGCCACUUCCUACAGGUGCCUCAGGAUGACUGGAGUGGUUUCUCCCCUCUGGGGAAGGAUGAUGAGAUCCCGUGUCGGCGGAUGCGCAGCGGCAGCUACAUUAAGGCCAUGGCCGAGGAGGACAGCGGCGACUCCGACUGCAGCCCCAAGCCCUCGCCCAAGGUGCAGGCGCGCCGGGCGAGCUACCUGAAGGCCACGCAGCCGUCUCUCACCGAGAUGACCACGCUCAAGAUUUCCACCGAGCACUCGCCAAAGCUGCAGAUACGGAGCCACAGCUAUCUGCGGGCGGUGAGUGAGGUUUCCAUCAAUAGGAGUCUGGACAGCUUGGACCCGGCGGGACUGCUGGCCUCGCCUAAAUUCCGCUCCCGAAACGAGAGCUACAUGAGAGCGAUGAGCACCAUCAGCCAGGUGAGCGAGGUGGAGGUGAACGGCCAGAUCGAGGCGGUGUGCGAGUCGGUGUUCAGCGAGAUGGAGUCGCAGGCCGUGGACGCCCUGGACCUGCCCAUGCCCGGCUGCUUCCGCAUGCGGAGCCACAGCUACGUGCGCGCCAUCGAGAAGGGAUGCUCGCAGGAGGAGGAGGAGGCGGCGGCGGCGGCGGCCGGCCUCAUGGUGGGCGGCCGGCGCUCCAACUCGCCGCCGCGUACGACCACCACUGUCAGGACCAUCCAGAGCAGCACAGUGUCGUCAUGCAUCACAACGUACAAAAAGACACCUCCCCCAGUCCCGCCACGAACCACUCCAUCCAAACCAUUUAUAUCCAUCACGGCCCAGAGCAGCACGGAGUCUGCUCAGGAUGCGUACAUGGACGGGGGCUCCGGCGCCCGAGCCGGCAUCAGCUCCCAGCCGGGCCUGUCCAACUCCACGGAGAGCAUUGACAGCAUGAAGGCCCUGACGGCGGCCAUCGAGGCGGCUAACGCUCAGGUGCACGGCCCGGCCAGCCAGCACGUCACCAACAGCACCAUCACCAUCACCGCCACCGCCACCACCUCUGCGGUCGCGCACGUGUCGGCUGACAGCAAGGCUCAGAGAGAGGCGCUACGCAAGUGCCUCUCCAUAGGGAUCCAGGUGGACCCGGAGGAAGAAGCACCGACAGAGGAGCAGUCGAAAUUCCAGUCGAUAGGAAUUCAGGUGGAGGAUGAGCGAUGUUACCGCCGGAUGACGCGCUCCAACAGCGUAACCACGGCGGUGCAGGCUGACCUCGACGACCCCUCCGACGCCCCCGAGCUGCCGCCGCGCCACUGCGCCACCAUGCCUCGCCAGCACUCCCGCGAUGCCACCACUUCCACUGUCAGCAUCCAGGGCUCGGGCAACCACUACCAUGCCUGCGCCGGAGACGACUACGGCGAGGUGGGCUUCGACCCCUCCAUCCUGCCCCCGCCCGACCCUUGGAUGGACAGCGCGCCCGAGCCUGUGGCGGAGGACCUGGAGGCCGUCGGGCGGCUGGUGUGCCCCCGCGACGGCCGCUGGUUCCUCAAGCUGCUGCAGGCCGAGACGGAGCGCAUGGAGGGCUGGUGCAGACAGAUGGAGCAGGAUGAGAUGGAGAACGAGCUGCCCGACGAGAUCCUGGGGAAGAUCCGCAGUGCAGUGGGGAGUGCCCAGCUGCUGAUGUCCCAGAAGUUCCAGCAGUUCCGGGAGCUGUGUGAGGAGAAUCUGAAUCCAAACGCGCACCCGCGACCCAUCUCUCAGGACCUGGCAGGCUUCUGGGACAUGCUUCAGCUGUCCAUCGAGAACAUCAGCCUGAAGUUUGAUGAACUCCACCAGCUCAAAGCCAACAACUGGAAACCUCUGACUCCCCCCGAAAUCCAGGAGAGAAGGAUGCCCCCUCCUGUGCCAAAGAAGCCCCUGAAGGGCCACCCUCCCCUGGCCAGGGACCGCUCGCUGGAGAGCUCUGAGCGCCAGCGUCUGGAGGCUCGCAAGCGCCUGCUAGCUGCCAAACGCGCCGCGUCAGUCCGGCAGAGCUCGGCCACCGAGAGCGCAGACAGUAUCGAGAUUUAUAUCCCCGAGGCUCAGACCAGACUAUGAGACACACACACACACACACACACACUCACACACUUACCUUCAAUCAUGCCUGAUACACCGGGGGUGUAUUUAGGGUGCUAACGUAACAUAAACUCAUUUUUUUUGUGGGGAUAGUCAUGUUGGAAGCUGUUUGAACAACAAAUGUACAUUAACAGUAUUUAUUUAUUUAAUUAUCUAUACCCCCUCAACACACACACUCCUUUUUUCCUUUCCCAGCUUCGAUGUAGCACUCCCCCUCUCUCUGCCCUCGUACCUCCACCUGCGCCGUUCUCCCAAAGACGUAUCCUGCUGAACCCCAUUUUAUAAGUGACCUGAUUCUACAGCGAAAGCCUGGUGUAGCACGCAAGUGAUGCUUCACAUUUAAGUGAUCCGGGAGCGGAGGAGCACAGAAACACAAGGGCGGCGCGUUGCACGGUCUGAUGCGUUCACAAGCGAACGCUCAUAUAGAUGAUGCAUCUGAUCUGAUCUGCUCAGAUCGGAUUCACCAUGCCAAACGGAGAGACAAGACCAGACCCAUGGACUCAUUUUCUGAGUUGAUUUUAAUCUCAAUUAAAGUGAAUCUAAAUUAUUUAAAUCAGUAUUUGUUUCUAAUGCUACUAUAAUCAUACAAGUGUAUUUUAUUAUUAUUUUUUUUAAUGAAGAGAACAAACCAUGAGAAGGUUUUGGUUAAAAAGAAGGAAAAAAAAGACCAAACAAGGGAGAGCUUGUGACACAAUUCGCCCUCUGUCUGAAAACAGGUCUUUCCAGCGGCAAGAGGUCGACCUCUGAAGCAAAGGUCGAGAGGUUAGCUGGCGCUCCAGGUGAGACGGGGCGACCUGUUGAAGCCUCUGCAAAGAGUGCAAUUAACAGAAAGGAUCACUGUUCUGAAAUGCCACUAACCUAAUCUGUGUGUAUGUUUGACUGAAAGAGUGUGUUAGCACGUGUGUGUCUGUGUGUGUGUGCAUUCAGUGAGAAGUUUGUUUUUAAAGUGCUUCCUAUUUCCCAAGGUCUACGCAGUCCUGGUGGUGAUUUCUGAUUAAGGUAGCAGCAUCGGCAAACUGUAAACAACCCACCCAUUUUGUUUUAAACUGAGCAAAACAUGUUUGUAUAAAGGACACACACAGAAAUGACCCGACACACACGCUGAAACACGGCAACUGAUUUCAGUUUUGUCUUUUUUUCAGCGGGUUUAUUCUCCGUUUUGUUUCUACGUUGUGUUCCACAGUGUAACAGACUAAGCCGAAGAAACACAUACCUGGUACAAUACUGGUAUUUGUUCUAUAUUUUAUUAUGAUAUUUUUAGACCAGAAGGUUUUCUUGACAGUAUUGGGACUACAGGACUGAAAAGGGACUAUUCCUCCUCACUGUGUGCACUAUCUCUGCCUCCAAACCAAGCAAUUGUUUGAAAGUCAUACAGAAAAAAACCCGAAUUUCUAAUAUUUUGUAUUCGUGUUUAAUUUAUUGAUUAGAAGAACAAUGACUGUUUAUUGACAUUGUGAUUAUUAUGAUUAUUAUUAUGCACUGACUACAAGGCCCUUAUACUGUGUUUGUGUUUUAUUUAUGUUGGUUCUUUGGCAUGAUCGGCACCUUUUUUUUUGGUCUUUUCUGUUUCAGUGAUCAGCCUUAAUUUCUAAUAUGAUAGUUGAGCACAACAGCUGUCUCAGGGGAAGAAGUGUGUGUGCGUGUGUGUGUGUGUGUGUGUGUGGGAAAGAGUGAGAGUGUUUGUGAUAGACUUCAUGUGACUGUAUGUGACCCGUGGCUUUUGUCUCUUCUUGUAUAUAAGUCCUUGCCAUCAGGAUAGGCCAUGAUCUUAAACAAACAAAAUCUAUCCAUGCCAUCUUCUUCAGUGGUGUUCCUGACGAACACCCCAGCCCGACUUAUAUUAACGUAACAAGGUAUUUCUGUCAGCUGCUUUGAAUGUGGAGACAAUCCCGAGACGGUUUAUAGUCAAAUAGUUUUGAUGACAGCGUAGCAGGACGUUGGUGUGCGGUUCGAUUCUCUUUACAGAUCUGAAAUAAAGAAAAAAAAAAAAGGUUUGUGCCAUUGGAUAUUCCUGCUUUUGGUCCUUAUUGAACAGCUACCUGAAGUUUUAUUAUUGGGAAAUGUUUGUGAAGGAACUCGAUUGAUGGUGUAACCAUGUGGUAUGAUUUGUAUUUCCUUUAGCUGGUUAAUGAAACGUUUAGGCAUAUAACAGUAGUUCAAAAUUAAUGCCAUUUUAUGUGGAUGGAACUCAAUUUAGUUUUUUUUUUUUUUUUUUUUUACUUUGGAGCCUGUAUUUGAAUUGAAUUGUCUGUCAAAUAAUUGAAUAUUUCUGUUUCUUACAAUAACAUAUCAAUAUGACACUCCUGGUAUAGCAGGGAGUUAGAGGCCGGGGCGUUGGAAACUCUGAAGACACUCCAGCAGUCCCGGCAAGCUUGUGAUGUAGUUAUAUUCAGAGAAAAACAUUCAGAUAAACAUUUGUACAUAAAUGAAUGUUUCCCUAUGUAAAUGUAAACUAAGAAAAACAACAUAUUAAGCAGAUAUACAUUUUGUAAUUAAUGUUAUUACACUGUUGAUGUUCUGGCACGUGUAUGAGCUCUUAUCAGCAUUAAAAGAAAUCAUUGCCAUAA